UGCCAGCGUUAAAUCAGCAAUAAUGCAAGAAAUGUUUAAAGAAAGGUGGCCAGCAUUAUUCAUUGAAGCUCAGAUCAAGGAAGAGUUCAGACGUAUCACGACAGUUUCUUUGGAGGAGACAUUCAUGCUAAAGCUUGAUGAGUACACACCAGGUCUUAUGCAGCUUAUGUGUGCUAAAGGAGGGGCUGCUGGUUCCAAGAUGCACCCUCUGUUGGACACUUUAAAUGACACACAGAGCAUUGAGAAAAUAAGGGAUGCAGUUGUCUGCUGCCUCAUUAACUACCUUGGUGAAAGACAAGAAGAUCUUUUCCAUGACUGCCAGGAAUGUGAGGACUACACAGACAAAACAAUGAAGGUGAUCGUGAUGCACAACAUCAUGGCUGAGGAGGAUCCAUCAGAUGUGUCGAUUGUGAUUGAGGGAAACCAAGUGAUGGAAGGAUGUGGAAGGCGAACAAAGGCAUGUGUACUGCUGGUGGGACUGAUAUAUGCCCUCAACCUUGACUAUCCAAAGCAGCUCAAGAACACAGUUGAAGCUUUUCAAAAACUCUUUUUGGAACUUGAUGGGGAAAAACUACUGAAGAAGGUCCACAGCCUCAAAAACAAGCUCAUGCAAUAGACAUACAUUUCCCCUCUUGUUCCAAGAGGAACUUUUUUCUGGACAGAGAGUUUUAAUGGAGUCUAGUUUUAUAUUUUUGUUCUCUUCCCUCCUCUGCUCCACACACAGACACAGAAAUAUAUGUACAGAUGGAUACACAAGUAUGUUGCAGCCUCUCUCAGCCCACUCCAUUGUUCUCUGAUUUCUCCACAUUGACAGAAAUGGAAAAGCAAUAGAAACUGGCCAGUCUGGUCAAUACCACUGACUGAAUCCUGAAGAAUUUUGAACUCACCCUCCCCAUUUGUUUGUUUCUUUUAUUCUCAUCCUGUCUCUGAGAGUGAGAGCAAGCACAGAAACUAAAGGAUGUUGAUUUUCUGAUCUGUCUUUAUCCAGAUGUUUGAUACUGUACACACAGAAACAAUCUUGUAGUUUGUGUGUGGGUUUUGUGGCUUUUAAAAUAGAGUAAAGGGCCUCUGAAAGUGUUGUUUGCAUUGACCAAUUAUCCAGAAAGAACAUUUGAAGCCAUUAGCUUAGUGAGUUAUAAAACGGGUUUAUUCAUUGAAAUGUUGUGUGAAGGUGUGUACUGCACUUUAUUCAUUUUUGGAUAAUUUAGUGUAUUAUUGCUGCAUAUAAACAAGGCAGUUCAGUUAUUUGUUGUGUAUAAAUACACCUGCAGAUUGCAGAUUUGCUCAGUCACUGUUGUGUGAGGCUGAAGAAACACAAGUAAGAGUUUAGAUACAAGAAAAUCUUCAUGUGAUUGGACAUCCCUUGCACCUCUGCUCUGAUCACCUCACUUCUCCUUUUCUCUGAUCUACUCCUUUAUUAUUGAGCAGUCUGGAUGUCCUAAAACAAGGAUAUGUUUUAUUGUCCAACAUUACUGAAACAGCAUUUGAAGUUGUUAGGUUAUAACACAGGUUCAUUAUUUGAAAUGUUGUGUGACACAGUUGUGCUGCAGUUUAUUCUGUGUUUUUGUUUUUGACGACUUCAUGUAUUAAAAACAUUGAGAAGGUGUAUGAUCUGAAUGUCUUUUUUGGGGGUACAUGUUACCUUCUCUGAAUAAGUAAUGGUUAUUAACUGAUUUUAAUUAACUUUGAUUUGUAAUUAUCAGGUAUUACCUACUAGCAAACAAGAAAAAGUUUUACCUAAUUUAACUGAGUAAGUAGCUGUUGAAUAUAUACAUAAAUAUUGGGUAAAUUUUACCCAAUUUCUUUAAGUAUUUCAUAUAUUUUUUGUUCAGUUAAUUUAUACUCAAUAUAUGGAAUUGAAUCUACCCCAACAGAGUAGAUGCAAAUUGUUACCUCACAUUUAUUAGGUAAAUUCUAUAGGUUACUUUUUUCAG